GAUAACCACAAAUGCGUCGAAGCUGAGCGGCCACAUUAUGAGGGGGAAGCCACCAUGGCUGCCACGGCCCCUGAGGAGUGCCCAGAGGUUGAGGCUGUCAAUGGGGUCUGCAAUGAUGACUCUGGUGAAAGUGAGUCCAAAGGAGAGCUGAAAAGAGCAAGAAAUGGGAAGAAGCAAAGGAGGCGGAAGCGUUCUCCAAAAGCCAAACCUGUGGCCUCCAAGUUAGACUCUGUUCUGAGUGGGUUGUUAGCUGACCACGUGUGGUUUGACAAACCUUUCUAUGAUCGUGCUGAGACCCUCUACAGAACCAAACUAGCUGAGUGUCAGCUCCAGGAGGCACCCGAGACUGCACCAGCUCCGCAGCAGUCUCCUUUAGUGGCCGAGUCAAAAGCUGCCCAAGAUGUUCCCAAGCCCAGGAUGGUUUCAUCAGCCCUGCCCUGCUCCCAUGGUACUUUGUCUGCAUGCCACCAUCUCGUUCAGGGUGUUUGGGUCAACAAGCUUGACUUUGAUAAGGCUGAGCAGAUGUUUAUUGAGAGAUCCCAGUUCUUUCUUCCUCCAAAUGUCCUCACCCUCCCCUCGGUGUGCCCGAAGGGUGGCAUCGUUGGGCUGAGGACGCCGGAUGAGGGCUAUGUCACAGCCCUGCCAACUCCUGCUACACCAGGCGUGGCUGCAGAUGCUGUCACUGCCUCUGCUGUCCCCUUGGUUCCCAGUUUGCCUGGCUCUGUCCACCAGACAGUGAAUGGUAAACCCCAGAUUUCAAGCUUGCAGGCUCUCAUGUCUGAGGUCUGGUUGGAGAAACCUCUCUAUGAUGAUGCUGAGAAGAGCUUCUACGAGAACAUGUUUGACGGUCACCCGUCGGGCAAAAGCAGACAGCGGCAGCGCAGCUGCCCCAGAGUGCUGAAGAACCACCCUGAGGACAAGAAGAACCGUGGUGCUGGGAAGCGAACAAGCACCAGACUCAUGGAGAUGGUCACCAACAUGCUUUCUGCUGGGGAGCAGCCUUCACCCACCUGCUUUUUUCUGCAUGAGGGCAGUGAGACUGUGUGGUUUAGGAAGAUGAGGUAUGACAGUGCUGAGUCACGAUACUAUGCAUUUGAAGCUUUGAAGAUGUCCAGAGCAGGAGAGAGUUUGGAGAAGCUGAAGUCUGCAGUAGAAAACCUUUCCCAACCAGCUACUGAUGCUUCAAGCAUUCCUGCACCGGAAAUGAAAAAAAUGGCAGUGGACUACUUCAUGCAUGAGAAGGUCUGGUUUGAGAAGUACAAGUACGAUGAUGCCGAGAGGAGGUUCUAUGAGCAGAUGAACGGGCCGGUCGGUGGCUCCUCCCGCCAGCAGGAGAACGGAGCCAGCACCAUCCUCCGCGACAUUGCCAGAGCCAGGGAGAAUAUCCAGAAGUCGCUGGCCGGACAGAAGACAGGUGGUCCUCGUAGUAAAGAAGCUCCUUCUGCCCGUCAGAAGAGGCAGUCAGGCCGCUCAACUAGCACCAACACAACCUCUUCUGGGUCUGCUGGUGACCAUAAUGAACUCCUUGCCAGAAUUUCCCACCUGGAGGCAGAAAACCAGAACCUUCGCAGUGUUGUUUCAGACCUUCAGAUGGCCAUGUUCAAGUUGGAAAGUCGCCUGAACGCUCUGGAGAAGUCAUCUACCUCCCACCAACCGUCACCGGUUCCACCAACCCAGAAAGUGGAACCUUUCAGUGUUCCCUCCAAGAAAGUGGAGCUCCCGUCAGCUUCACCUGCAAAGAAGGCUGAGCCAGCUGCUGCAGAGGAAGAUGGUGAUGAUGACAUUGACCUUUUUGGUAGCGAUGAUGAAGAGGAAGACCAAGAGGCUGCUAAAGUCCGUGAGGAGAGGCUGCGUCAGUACGCAGAGAAGAAGGCCAAAAAGCCUGGCCUGAUUGCCAAGUCUUCUAUCCUCCUGGAUGUCAAACCAUGGGAUGAUGAGACCGACAUGGCCAAGAUGGAGGAGUGCGUCCGCUCCGUCCACAUGGACGGGCUGGUGUGGGGAGCCUCCAAGCUGGUCCCGGUGGGUUAUGGCAUUAAGAAGCUCCAAAUCCAGUGUGUGGUGGAGGAUGACAAAGUGGGGACGGACAUCCUGGAGGAGGAGAUCACCAAGUUUGAAGACUAUGUGCAGAGUGUGGACAUUGCUGCUUUCAACAAGAUCUAGGAGCAUUAACGGUGUCUCCUGAAACUGUAACUAAUAAAGAUCAAGAUUGGACCUGCA